CCCACCUUACAUCAUGUCCUGUAGUGUUUUAUUCCUCACCUACACCAGGUGUUAUACAGAACCAGUGGACUUUGUCCUGUGCAUUGAUUCAAGUCCACUUUCUAUCACUGUAUCUUCACCGUGCGUUAUAUAUUUUUUUCUCUCUCCGCAGCAACAGAAGAACCUGGAGGGAUAUGUGGGCUUCGCAAACCUCCCCAACCAGGUUUACAGAAAGUCCGUGAAGAGAGGCUUUGAGUUCACGCUAAUGGUCGUGGGAGAGUCGGGGCUGGGGAAGUCGACCCUCAUCAACUCGCUGUUCCUUACAGAUCUGUACUCUGCAGAGUAUCCUGGGCCUUCUCACAGAAUCAAGAAGACCGUACAGGUGGAACAGUCCAAGGUGCUGGUAAAAGAGGGCGGAGUGCAGCUGCUGCUCACCAUCGUGGACACGCCGGGAUUCGGGGACGCCGUAGACAACAGCAACUGCUGGCAACCCGUGAUCGACCACAUCGACAGCAAGUUUGAGGAUUACCUCAACGCCGAGUCGCGCGUCAACAGACGGCAGAUGCCCGACAACAGAGUGCACUGCUGCCUGUACUUCAUCGCCCCCUCUGGACACGGACUGAAGCCGCUGGACAUCGAGUUCAUGAAGCGGUUACACGAAAAAGUCAACAUCAUCCCGCUCAUCGCCAAAGCCGACACACUCACUCCAGAGGAGUGCCAGCAGUUCAAGAAGCAGAUAAUGAGGGAAAUCCAGGAGCACAAAAUCAAAAUCUACGAGUUCCCCGAAACAGACGAUGAAGAGGAGAACAAGCUGGUGAAGAAGAUUAAGGACCGGCUGCCGCUGGCCGUCGUCGGCAGUAACACCAUCAUCGAGGUGAACGGGAAGCGUGCGAGAGGGAGGCAGUACCCGUGGGGUGUGGCCGAAGUCGAGAACGGCGAGCACUGUGACUUCACGAUCUUACGGAACAUGCUAAUCAGAACCCACAUGCAGGACCUGAAGGACGUGACUAAUAACGUUCACUACGAGAACUACCGCAGCAGGAAGCUCGCAGCCGUCACCUACAACGGAGCCGACAACAACAAGAGCACCGGCCAGCUCACCAAACUUGAGACAGAUGAUGGCAUGAGUCCACUGGCGCAGAUGGAGGAGGAGAGGAGAGAGCACGUGGCCAAGAUGAAGAAGAUGGAGAUGGAGAUGGAGCAGGUGUUUGAGAUGAAGGUGAAGGAGAAGCUCCAGAAGCUGAAAGAAUCCGAGAUGGAGCUGCAGCGGCGUCAUGAGCAGAUGAAGAAGAACCUGGAGGCUCAGCAUAAAGAGCUGGAGGAGAAGAGGAGGCAGUUUGAGGAUGAGAAGGUCAACUGGGAGACUCAGCAACGCCUGAUGGAGCAGCAGAAACUCGACGCCUCUAGGACUUUGGAGAAAAACAAGAAGAAGAAGAUCUUUUAAAAAGUGUUUUACCCAACACGAUGUUAUCAGUUGCCAAUAAAACAAUGCCAGCCUGGACUGUCUGUCGGUCACGCAUAACGAAAUAUCCCCUCCCUCCCUCCCAGUGUGUGUCUGUGUGUGUGAUGAAAGGACAGCUUUACUUGAUGAGGACGCCAGUCUUAUUGACGUCCUGCCUUUUUUUCCUCGUUGUUUUCUUCACCCUGACCCCUAGUCCGAUUCGUAAUGAUGAGUUCACGAGACAUUUAUAAUAAACACACACACGAAUGUAAAGCAGGUUUACCACGACCUCCAGGGAAUAAAAACAAGUUCACAUUUAACCCCUAUUUUUACAAAUAAGAUGAAAUUUACAGUAGGAAUAGAAAGAGAACUGUAUCAUUGUUUUGUUUAAAA